AUGUCGAGCUCGCUUCGUAACGCCGUCAAACGCAAGACGCACAAGGAGCGGUCGCAGUUGAGCGAGCGCAAACGGUUCGGUUUGCUGGAGAAGAAGAAGGAUUACGUGCUUCGCGCGAGAGAUUAUCACAAGAAGGAAGAUGCGAUCAACGCGUUGAAGCGAAAGGCGGCGUAUAGGAAUCCGGAUGAGUUUUACUUUGCCAUGCAAAAGGCGAAGACGGACGACGGGGUGCACGUGGCGAGGAGCACGGAACAGAACAAAUACACCGAAGAAGAGUUACGGGUGAUGAAGACGCAGGAUGUGAAGUACGUGCAAAUGAAGGCGGCGAUUGAGGGUAAGAAGGUGGAGAAGAUGAAGCGAAAUUUGCACGGUAUCGGCGUUCCGGUGAAGCGCAAACACACCGUCUUCGUUGACACGGAAGAAGAGGCGAAAAGUUUCGAUGCGGCGGAGCAUUUCGAUACCGUCCCUGAGCUCGUGAAUCGAACAUUCAAUCGUCCUCGUCGGGCGCAGUUGGAGGACGAAGACGCGGUGGUCGGCGUGCGAAGCGACGGCGCCGCCGGCUCGAGCGGCACUGGCGCAUCGGAGAUUUCUAUGAAGAGGCUCACGCGGAUGCAGAAGGGUGCGUACAAGACGUACACCGCCUACGAUGAACGAGCGAAGAAGCUGAAGGACAUGAGCGCAGAGAUGGCGAUGCAAAAAGUCAUUUCUCACUCCAAAGGGCACAAGGUGAAGAUUACGAAGACGAAUCCCGAUGGAACAAAGACGUCGUACUUCAAAUGGAAGCAAGAACGCCAGAAAUAG